CAUCCGGGAAGGGGGAGAGCCAAAGCCGCGCAGGCCCGGGGCUGCGAUGGCGGGGGACACGGAGACCGUAGGGGGGAAGGGGUGCUGCUACUGACCCGGGCACCCCCUUCUCCAGCGGGGCCAGGGAGCUGGGGUGCCGCUGGCCACGUCGCCCUGGGUGACCUUCCUUGGAUGUGGACCUGCCCCUGAGCAUCCUUCCGCCAGGCCCCGGCCUGGGUACCACCCGCGAGAUGCCCGCCUGCAUCCGCACCCAGCCCGCCUUUGUGUCUCAGUGACGGCGCGGAGCCGCCGCCGAGAUCCUCUUCUGAGGUCAGCCAAGCUUCCAGCCGCCCUCUCUUUCCAGCUCCCAUGGGGACCACGGAAGCCACGCUGAGGAUGGAAAACGUGGAUGUGAGGGAUGAAUGGCAGGACGAGGAUCUACCCAGACCUCUUCCUGAAGACACAGGGGUGGGGCUGCUGGACGGCGCCGCGGAAGACUCCUCUCCUCCCUCAACCCUAAACUUGGGCGGAGCACAUCGGAAGAGAAAGACCCUAGUGGCCCCGGAGAUCAACAUCUCCCUGGACCAGAGCGAGGGCUCCCUGCUGUCCGACGACUUCCUGGACACGCCAGAUGACUUGGACAUCAACGUGGACGACAUCGAGACGCCGGACGAGACCGACUCGCUGGAGUUCCUGGGAAAUGGCAAUGAGCUUGAGUGGGAAGACGACACCCCAGUGGCCACUGCCAAGAACAUGCCGGGAGACAGCGCGGACCUGUUUGGGGACAGCGCUGCGGACGAUGGCAGCGCAGCCAACGGUCGCUUGUGGCGGACUGUCAUCAUCGGGGAGCAGGAGCAUCGCAUCGACCUGCACAUGAUCCGGCCGUACAUGAAGGUGGUCACCCACGGAGGGUACUACGGGGAAGGCCUCAACGCCAUCAUCGUCUUCGCAGCCUGCUUCCUCCCAGACAGCAGCUCCCCCGACUAUCACUACAUCAUGGAGAAUCUCUUCCUGUACGUCAUCAGCAGCCUGGAACUGCUCGUCGCCGAAGACUACAUGAUCGUGUAUCUAAACGGCGCCACGCCCCGGAGGAGGAUGCCCGGCAUCGGCUGGCUGAAGAAGUGUUACCACAUGAUUGACAGGAGACUGAGGAAGAAUCUGAAGUCUCUGAUCAUUGUGCACCCGUCAUGGUUCAUCCGCACCGUGCUGGCCAUCUCCCGGCCCUUCAUCAGUGUCAAGUUCAUCAGUAAGAUCCAGUACGUGCACAGCCUGGAGGAGCUGGAGCGACUCAUCCCCAUGGAGCACGUGCAGCUGCCCGAGUGUGUCCUGCAGUACGAAGAACAGAGACUCAGAGCCAAGAGAGAGAGCGCACGACCACCAAUACAACCAGAGUUCCUCGUUCCCAGAUCCGAAGAAAAACCAGAGAUGGUGGAAGAAGAGGACAGGUCAGCAGAAGAGACAGAAGACCAGGAAGUGAGCAUGUCCUGAUUCAACUGGAACCUGGAGACAGAGAGAAGAUUCCAGACACCACAUAACCUCCAUCAGAGGCCUGACGGCCCCAGACUUCAUCCUGC